GAACAAGGCGAUAUCGACAGUCUCGUACUCAUGUCGUCUGAGAAUGCAACGCGUUCUCAGCUGAUAUAGGUACAACACUAACGAACUCGCUUCCAAUUUAUAACGGUUAACAGAUGUAUGCCAACUACAUCCUUCGGAUUACCCAAUGCUGCAAGUGCUGUCCAGUUAAGUGCCUUCAACGCCUUUCGACGCCUUUUGUAUCAUUAUCUUGAUCGGCCUGGCGCCAAGCGACCUGAAUCCGAUAAGGAAUACUUGAAGCCCCUUCGAUUUUCCACUGAGGUGGUCUCUAAUCUACACUCGCAAUCGCAAGAGCUGUGCGCGCAUAUAUGCAGUCGGAAUUUUGCAACUGACGGGAUGGAUAGGCAACCAUCGCAAGGCAUUAACAGAAAAUGUGGACAGCGGUUGUAG